AUGUCUCUACACAAUGGAGACCAGCAGCAGCAGCAACCACUACUAAUACCAAAUUUACCACGGGAGCGACUGCUAGCCCCUUUUAAACACAGUCGCAACGCCACGCGCUCGAAUAGCCCCACCAAGAGUGCUCCUUUACAGCUGUCGCCACGUAGAGCAAUCACGCCGCCUACGGCGAAUAACGGAUUCUUAACUCAGACAAACUAUCAACAGUUCUCAGUGUUUUCGGCAUGGAGCAAUAAGCAGAAACCUGGUAAUGAAACACGAAACAAUGGCGAGAACGGCAGCAGCGACGAUGCUGCGGAUCCUAGAACCCCGUCUCCGCCGGUUGCUUCCCAGCUCAUUCAGAGAGACGAACUGAAGCUAAACUUGAAGCUACCGGCUGGUGGUGGUGGCGAUUGUGGCGGGGGGAAUAACAACAGCUCGAGCUGGUACUCGUAUUACUCAUCAAUUUUGUUCCCCAGAAACGAGAGCUUGCUACGGAUAGAAGAUAUUCCCUUGCUCAGUCCCGAGCGUCCUGCCUCGCCGAAAGAAAGCACGAAUUCGGAUUUCUCACAGGCCGUGAAUAGCGAGCAGUCGUGGUUUGGCUGGCUUUUUUCGCACAACCCGUUUGCAUCAGCAGCUAAAGUUGAAGAUGGGCUUACCGAGAUGGAGACCACCAACGAGGCUUACAAGAGUGCGAAACUGGCCAUUGAAGGGGCCAAGGACGAAUGCCAUUACGUGUACUAUAGCGGUGACGGUUUCAAAACGUUUGAGCUCGCGGUGUUUGGCACUAUGAGCGAGCAAACCCCAGUUCAUGUUUAUUCGCGCAAGGAUAGACCCGUGUCGCCCAAUGAGCUAUUUGAAAAACUGCUACGGCGAUCGCUGUCUGUCUCCGUGAAUGAGCUAGCUGCGUUGAACGAGCCACCACCUCUUGAGGCUCUGCGUUCCCCGCGAGUAGUGCCCACGUUUGAAGAAAACUACCGCGAGCUGACGCUCAAGACCAAGCUCCGGAUUUUUUCCAAAGACGUCGUAUGCGGGAUCAAGACUGAGCAUCACCUUUAUCGAAAGCCCAGUGUCCAUAUCAAGAAAACCGUUGACAAGUUGAAAAGAAUCACAAUUAUUGGAGUACACAAUUUCUUACCUACAAAGAUGGUGCGGGCACUAAUCGGCGAGAGCACGGGUACUUCGAUCCACUAUGCGAGAAGGGCGGCGCGGGCAGUCAAGCUGUGGCUAGCCCACAACGGAGCUGAAUACGAGUCCGAGUAUAGCAUUCGAACAAUUGCCAUCGAUGGCCAGGGCAAAAGCCACAAUUGCGUUGAAAAGUCGGUGGAGUUGCUAGCCAACUGGAAAACAGUGUUUGAACAGAGCGAUUUCAUUUUCUUUGUGAGCUACUCGACCUCGGUGCCUAUCGCCGUCAACAUUUUCGCGAGACUUUUCCAGAAAAUCCCCCACUUGAAACAUAACCAAAAGAAAAAGAUGGCGUUAUUGAGCAUGCUGGGUAACUUUCUUGGUCCAGUGCCUUCGCACAUUUUCAAGAUCGUGUAUCGUGCAUACACGCAGACGGAGAAUGAAAUUGUUCGCGAGCUGUUUGAACUAGAAAGGAAAGAUUCGCACUUGGCCGAACAGCUCCAUGAGCUGAUGCAGUUUCUCGUGGCGCAAAAUGUGAGGUUUGUGUUUACGAGCGAUUUAGACGAAGCGUUUUUCAUCCCGCUUUACUCGUCUUGGGGCUUGCAGUUUCAGCACCCCAACAUCCAUCGCAACAUGUUCCAGCACAACAAUGACGCGUCGGUUUCUUUUAUUUCGUCAACGUUUAAACUUAUUUGCAUGAUGAAGAACUUGGGCCAAACGAGCGACUACAACAUCAUCAAGGAGCUAGGGGACAAGUUGGACGUGGCUGCGAAAAAUCGAUUGUCACGGAUGAUGAUCUAUGAAGAAGAAGAAGUUUAUUUCGAAGCUCUCAAUUUUGCAUUGGGUUCAACGAGCUUGAAUCACAAGCGCGAUUUGAAAAUCGUCUAUCCUCGCAUCCUCACCAAGCCAUCGUCGUCUUCGUCAUCCACGUCAGCGACGGCUUCAUCGGCUGACUCGUUAUCGCCCGCGGAGUUGCAGCUCAAUUUCCAGAAUGUGCUACCGUGGACCAUGCGCGGGUUGUUGCAGGACUUGGUGCAGUAUCAGCACAUUGAUGUAUAUGCAAGGUUGCGGGAGUUGAUUAGACAGUUUGACGAGUGGAAGCCCACGUCGAAGCCGCAUAGAGACGUUAAAUAUUGCCUUGAUGCGUUGACUGAUUUUGACUUGGCCGAGUUGGUGCAAUAA